AUGACCUCGGGUGCAGCCUAUGCGGAGGCCAAGCUGGGCAAGAGCGUGGAUCCGGAACAUAUUGAGGAGGUUGCCCUGGCACGGCUGACAGAAGAGGAUCUAUGGAAGUUGUCCCAGGAUUCCCUGACUCUACGGUCGUGGACCGGAGUCCGGUUGGGUCUCAUCAUGCUGGUCCAUGGUUGCAACCAAGCCGGCUUUGGAAUUGACUGGGGUGUCAUCAGCGGCAUCAAUGCUUUGACUUCAUGGCACAACUACUUCAAAUUCGAGAGCAGUGGUGGCACAUAUGGAUUGAUCAAUGCUCUGAUGCAGAUUGGUGUCGUUUGUGGAGCGCCCUUCAUGGGUUUGGCGGACGUGAUCGGCCGUCGUGGAAUCAAUUUCACCGGCAACGCCAUUGUCAUCUUCGCAUCUCUCAUGCAAGGCCUCGCCACGAACCUUCCAAUGUUCAUGGCCGGUCGAUUCUUCAUGGGAUUUGGCACUGCACUCAUGUCAAGCUCUCAGUACAUUGGCGAGAUUUCACCUGUCCAUCUUCGUGGUGUUAUGGUCGGCUUUUUUGGCGCAUGCUUCCAGGUCGGUAGUCUUGGUGUGCUUGGUGCCAUGAUUGGACUUACCGAGUUGCCUGGUAACAACUCCUGGCGUGUUCCCCUCAUUCUUGAGGCUUUAUUCCCUACCCUUGUCUGUCUGGGAAUAUACCUUUUGACUCCCGAGUCGCCCCGUUAUUAUGUUAUGAGGGGAAAUCGGCAAAAAGCAAAGGAAAUCAUCGCCAAGUACCAUACUACUAGCGCCGACAUCAAUGAGCCCAUUGUCGAUAUUGUGGUGAGACAGAUUGAGGAAUCUCUCGAGAAUGACCAGACAGGCUACAGGGCUGCCUGGGACUAUCGCGUCUUCUUCACCAAGACGGCCCGUUUCCGACUCCUGGUUUUGUUUUUGUACUCUCUCUUCCAGCAAUGGAAUGGAGGUGGUAUUAUCACGUACUAUAUGGUUCCUUCACUACAGCAACUCGGAAUGGAGGGCGAGAAGCAGCUACUCGGUGUCAACAUUGGCACCACCGCAGUCUAUUUCGUCUUUACAGCCGUUGGCGCUCUUAUAGUCGAUAGGUUCCGCAGACGAACCAUGAUCUUUGUGGGUCUUAUCAGCAUGAUUAUCUUUCAAACGGCUACAACAAUCACAUCAUGGCAGUACAAUGUUCACGGCACUGCAGCGGCAGCGGCGCUCACCAUUCUCUGGAUCUUCCUUUACCAGACCUUUUCAGCCACAUUUGUUGCAACCAUGCACAACUUGUAUCCAAUUGAAAUUCUCUCUCUACCACUUCGUGCCAAGGGAAUGGGUCUUUACGGUCUGAUCCAGGGAGGUGCCGGAGCUGCACAGACCUACGGAAUUGGCGUCGGUAUCCAAAAGGUGGGUUAUAAGAUUUGGGUCGUAUACAUCGUGUACAACUCCAUUCAGCUCGUCUUGUCGUGGUUAUUCUUCCCAGAGACCAGCCGUUUGUCUCUAGAGGAGAUUAACACGGUGUUUGAGACCCCAGGAGUCCACCCGGUGAAGAUGUCUUUGGAUAUUGAGAAGGCCAAGAAAGCCAGAGCGGCGGCGGGCCGGGAUGAGGAGGGCAGUGCUGAUCGAUAA